AUGUCAGAUAACCAAAUAUUCCCAUCUCUAUCCAAUCCAACCACCCCCACAAACUCAUCCGCCUUCUCUAGCUGGCUGCCCAGUUCUCGUUCCGGUGAUGAUCAACGUUUAGCUCCCAGGGAUGCAGAUAUCUCCCUCAGUUCUAACCCUACGUACAAGAAAUACUCUCAAGCUGUUGAUCGCAGCUUAAACUCCUUCCUUGACGUCCAAGAAUGGGCUGAUUUCAUCGCAUUUCUCGCCAAGCUGCUCAAAGCUAUCCAGUCUUAUCCACAGUUCAACGAUAUUCCUCACAAGCUUAUCGUAUCCAAGCGUUUAUCUCAAUGCUUGAAUCCUGCUUUGCCUACUGGUGUUCAUCAAAAGGCUUUAGAGGUUUAUGACAAGUUGUUUGCUAUUAUGGGUACAGACGGUUUAAAGCGUGAUUUACAAAUGUGGUCUACCAGCUUAUUUCCUUUCUUUCAAUAUGCUGCCAUUUCUGUUCGACCCCUCGUUCUUGAACUUUACAAAUCGCAUUACUUCCCCCUACGCUCACAUCUACGACCCAUCAUAAAAUCAAUGACGUUAUCGCUAUUACCUGGCCUUGAAGAGGAGAACGGUGAACAUUUCGACGAUGCUUUAUCGAUGCUAGAUUACCUCAGUUCUACCACAGCACUUCAUUUCUUCCUACAAAACCUCUGUCUAAUACUAAUAACGUCCCCCGCUUCUCGCAUUUCAACUUUAAAUUAUCUAUUGCGCAAAAUGCCGCCCCUUGACACUGAUGAUCAAAUUAUCAUGUUUCUUUCAUCUGACGCUAAUUUGUUGAUUCGCGGAGUAUCAGCUUCUUUGAUGGACAAUAAUAUGCUUGUGCGGCGCUCAGCACUUGAUUUGCUCAUCUCAAGCCUACCUACUGGUGGACCUGCGCUUCAGAAAUUCUCUAGAUCAGAUUUCAGGGUUGAUUUGUGCAGGAAUGCAUGCAAUGUAGUCUUGCGUAAAGACAUAUCAUUAAACAGGCGCCUGUUUACUUGGUUACUCGGUACAUCCGAUGACAAAGAAUCGCUAUCUUCCUAUUUCAAUACUUUUGGUUUACCCCUAAUCAGCUCAUGGAUGUUAGCAGAUAUGGAUACAACCAAGUCCUUUGAUAGUCGACCUUACAAAAUAUUCAUUUCUCUAUUGGACAAAUGGGAGAUUGGUCACAAUUUGACGAAAUGUAUAGUCUCAGAAAUCAUCAGCUGUCUCGAGUGUCGGUUGAAGGAGGAUGUUGACAGAAAUGCAGACGUUAAGAUCAUCACCAGCAUGGUAUUGGAAUCAAUAGACAUAUAUUUAUUGUGGAAAGCAAUGAAUCAUCAGCUUCAAUCAGAUUUCACCAAUCAAGAUGACACUUGUCGUUCGAUCGAGCUCAUCACAAUGAUUGUGGACAAUAUAUCAUUCGAAGAGGAAGCGCACACAUGCUUGCAUUUUCCGAUUCAAUUACUCAACAUACUCAAACUUAUAUCCGUUAAUCGACAGGCUAACAGGAAGUCCGUCUUGACCGAACGUGCUUUUAUCCUUGCCCAAAUGCUAAUUAAUCACAUUCCAGAAAAGGUAAUGAACGAAACUCCUUGGAUAAUUAAAGACAGUCAAAAAGUUGUCUCUAGUUGGGAUUACGUCGCUGAUGCAGAAUACACCGAUAGCAUCGAUAUACCCGAGGUCGAGACCCCUGACACAUUCUAUGAAGCAUUACUGAAACGUCUUAUUGAAAUUAAUUUGUCCUGGUCUGAAGAUGUUGCUGACUCAAUGAUGGUAAAAAGCAGCUUUUCUACGUUAUACACAUUGCUCACUCUACGAUACCCACGCAAACAACUGAAUGAAUCUUUUGGGGAUAUGAUUGCGCAGUUGUUUACCGCAUUGCUCAAGCUAGUAUCAAUAUCAAACCAAUUUGAAACAACAGAGUUACUAAUAAAAUGUCUUCUGACAUUGAGGCAGACUUGUUUUUCAGAUGACAGUGUAUAUCUGCAAUGGAUGGAUAGAGAAGCACAUGAAACACUCCUCAAUGCAUUGCUUCCCUAUUUAGCUCCACAGUAUUUUGAUUAUCACUUUCGUUGCGUGAAAUUGAUUGUAGAGAUAGAAAAUACAACGGCUCAAGAACAUAUCACUUCAAUUCUCGCACAAAGACUAAAUAAUGACAAUGACCAACCAGCGCGACUGCAAGUCAUUCAUCAAUGUGGUAUCAUCUACAGUAUAGCAUCGAGGUUUAGUCCAACACACUUCGAUCUCACAAUACCGGUAUCGAGAUUCUUUACUGUCAACUCGAGUGAUACUACAGCUGCAGAAGAUAGUCAAACAAAUGCACUUUGGUUGAAGAAGUAUUUCGAUAACUCUGGUAUGGUGACUAGAUCACUAAUUGCGAAAAUUUCAAAAGUCACACAAGCUUCAAGAACCGUGGAAAGGCAAUAUCUGUUCAACACGAGUGCCUACGAGUAUUUCCUUAAUUGGGACCAGGAGAUUGCUAUUUACAGUCUGCAACAGCUUACCAAGCUCAGUAAACACAUUGGACAAUCCUUUUGGGAGCAACUUGGUCGCUUGGAUGAGAGUGAGAGUGAACUAUCCUUAUUACAACUGAGUCUCAGGAUAUUGCAAUCUGAACCGAACCAAGGUAUCGCUUCUUCUAUACAACCAGGUAAUGAGUAUUUACAGAUGGCUACUAUGGAGUUGCUAGAGGAAAUGUUCAUCUAUAGUCGGAAAGAUUCAGAUGUAUUUACUACGGCGGCUUUCGUCAUUAGCAACUAUCUAAAUUAUCAUGUUCAACUAGUCAAUCUCGAUGUCCAGCCAAGAGCCAUCAAGCUUGUUACAUGUGCACUGCAGCAUUGCGAUUUGAACAACGUACACAGCAGUAACGAGUUAGGUCAAACUGUAGUCAAACUGCUCCGCAACGCUAUAUCAAAUGCAGGCUGUCAGUCACUUUUAAAAUACUGGAUCAACUUUACAAGUAUGAUCUUAGAUAAGUACUCAAUGUUGAUUCGUGAUCACAAACUCGAUAUGGGAAACAUCAUCUAUAGCAAAUUAAGCGACAUGUUACACACGAACAACCUGAGCGUAUCCUUCAGCGACCACAAAAACUUGUCUUCAGUGUUGUCAUCGUUGAAUGCCAUCUUGGUCAUCAAUCUAGAUGAUCUACACACUUCGAUGAUUCACGGUAGUCCUAAUAUCGUCGAGCAGACAAUGUCGUUGAUGGGAGUAUCGUUCAAGCUUCUCACGAGUUUAUACUUUACACUUAAAAAUAAACAAAGUGGAACUUUCGACUAUCUGACUACGCAAUGUGAAGGGUACAUCCACAAUUUGUUUGAAAAAAGACCUUAUGAGAUGCUGGACCUUGCUAUGGAGUAUUAUCAAGAAACAUUGAACAAAGUGACUUUGCUAAAAAUAUUCAAGCUAUUUUCAGACCCCUCUCGAAUACUCGUUCAUUAUAUAUGCAAGAACAUAGGAAUGAGAAGUUUUGCUGGGGAUGAAAAGCCACGCUCGUUGUGGCAAAGUGAUGCAAUUAGCUCGUCAAUGUUGUUUGAGAGCUUGGAGGUGUAUCUUGGUGAGCUUAGUGUUAAGGAUGCUUUGCAAUCUUGGGUUGCUCUACAGCCAUUUGCGCGUGAUGUGAUAGUAUCUACGACUAGUGCACAGCGAAAACUAUGCGUUUAUCCAACGUUAAGAUGCAUUCAUAUAGUCGGUCUUCGCAUUUUCAAUGGUGAGACGACGGAGAUCGUCGAAAAGAAAGUCAAGAUGGAUUACCAGGAUAUCUUGCAUCGAUUUAUUGAUUCCUCCAUCCUCAUCAGCACCGGUGGCUCAGACACAGGUCCAUGGGCGCUCAAGAAAGCGUUGGCUGGGUUGGAUGUAGCGAAUGUUACCGGUACUAAUGAAGACUCUGAUCGCGAUAGCGUGUCUGUCAAUUCACUUGCUGAGAAAUUAGACGGUGACAGUUCAAAGAUCUAUCUGUACAUGGCGAAUGAGCUAUUGGUGGACCUACCUAAUUUAAUAUCCUCAACGGAAAAAUUACAAAGCAUUGCUGCGAAUAUUUCAUAUUGCGUGGUCGCUCCUGCACUGAAAUCAACUUCAAAAGGCACGAAUGGGAUUCAACCACACAGCGCAAGUGUGGAUGUGCUGGUGGGUUUAACACGCUUACCGCACUGCUCAAAAUCUUGGAAGGGACUGGUUAGUGAUGUCUUCUAUGACAACAGGUUUUUCAACGCUUCCAAAACUCAUCAAUGGAAGUACCUCGUCAACGCGCUCAUGUCGGCUGAGAAAGAUAAGUUUAAAGAUCUCGUCAGCAAAGUGUCUAGUGCACCGUCUACAAAUAUAUUUGCUAAUAGGGAAUACGAAUCUUUGUCAAGAGCUCUCAACUUGCGCAGACUUAGCUACGCAAUAUUCGCAGGUAAUCCGGAAAGUUACACAUCGCAAUUACCACUAGUGAAAGAAAAGCUGGUGGAGGUAGUGCGCAACAAUGCAAUUACACCAGUAUCACAAUCUGAAAUCUAUCUCUGUCUCAGAGUGUUGCUAGUGCGAUUUAAAAGCGACGACUUAACAACAUUUUGGCCAAUAGUAAAUACAGAAUUGCUAAGGUUAUUUGACAUAUUUACUACAUCGCCUUCUGCUGAACAUCUAGAUCUACUUCCAUUACUCUUAAGCGCUUGCAAGCUAUUGGAUACCCUGUUGCUACUGCAAAAUGAAGAUUUCCAAGCAUAUCAGUCACUAUUCAUUACAGAUACUGUGGAUGCCAGCUGCGAUGGUAAACAAUACGGUAUUAUUGAUAAGUUGUCGGGAUUGUUUGGACAAGAAGGAUUAAUGGGAGCGUCUGAAAAAUCAUUCAAGCUACAAAUCAAUAGUGAAAAAAGACAACCAUUACUGACCAACGUAAGAAAGAUAAGUCAGAUGGGAGAUUUAUCACCAUUUUACCGGGCGUUGAGUAGUGUGACGUAUAAUAAUGUUCUUGACAAACAAGAUAUCGAUUGGGAGUUAUUGGAAAGGACAAUCGAGGAUGACUUCUUUGACGAGUAG